AAUAACAGCAGGAGUGAUCUAACCCUAUACAGCCCAUCUUCUACGUGCAAAAAAGGCGUGCAGAGGACAGCCAGAUCUCCUACUGAAAACAAGUGGAUCUCUGUGGAUAAGAUCACCGGGCAGCCAUGGAAGAACUUACAGCUUUUGUAUCGAAAUCUUUUGACCAGAAAAGCAAAGAGGGCAGCAGCAGCGGCAGCAGCAGCGGCAGCAAGAAGGAGACUAUUACAUACAGGGAAGUUUUGGAGAGUGGGUUGGCUCGAUCUCGGGAGCUGGGAAACUCUGAUUCUAACCUUCAGGACAUUACUGAGAGCAGCAACCAUUGCCCAGUGCAUCUUUUCAAGGACCAUGUAGAGAGUGACAAGGACAAACUGAAGGAGUUCAGCACGGGCAGGGCUGCGGAAGGGAUCUACGAGUGCAAAGAGAAGAGAGAAGACGUGAAAUCUGAAGAUGAAGAUGGACAGACCAAGCUGAAGCAGAGAAGAAGCCGAACCAAUUUCACCUUAGAGCAGCUGAAUGAGUUGGAAAGACUUUUUGAUGAGACUCACUAUCCAGAUGCCUUUAUGAGGGAGGAACUGAGCCAGAGGCUGGGACUCUCUGAAGCUAGAGUGCAGGUUUGGUUCCAAAAUCGAAGAGCUAAAUGCCGAAAGCAAGAAAAUCAGAUGCACAAAGGCGUUAUUUUGGGAACUGCAAGUCACUUAGACGCCUGCAGGGUAGCCCCUUACGUUAAUAUGGGAGCCCUAAGGAUGCCUUUCCAACAGGUAGUUCAGGCACAGCUGCAGCUGGAAGGCGUGGCCCACGCGCACCCUCACCUGCAUCCCCACCUGGCUGCCCACGCCCCCUAUCUGAUGUUCCCGCCGCCUCCCUUCGGGCUCCCCAUCGCCUCGCUGGCGGAGUCAGCCUCCGCUGCCGCCGUGGUGGCCGCCGCUGCCAAGAGCAACAGCAAAAACUCGAGCAUCGCCGACCUGCGGCUCAAGGCCCGGAAACACGCAGAGGCCCUGGGGCUCUGACCCCCCGCGCCACGUGUGACACGGAACGGACUGGAACUUCCUCCUCCCUUUUUCUUCUCUCUCGCUUUCUCCUCCCCCUUCUCCGCCAAGCGUCAGCAGCACGCGGACUCGACCCCUCGCGCUCCCUCGCCCCUGGUCCCCGUUUGGUUCUCCCUUCAUUCCUAAUGUCCUGGCCUGGGCUCUCCCGAAACCAUCGGCUUUUUUGUUCUUGAAAAGACCCCAUCGAGUGCUUGGACAGACUCAAGGUCCCAGAAGUGCACGCUCUGAGUCCAAAGGCUCCUCACUCACCUUGGACCCCAGCUGGUUCUGAAGAGUUUAGGCUCCAGCAUCUCUCCUUCUCUCUGACGCUCGGUGCUUUUAGUACAAUUAAAAGCAGGAGGCAGUGAUGGGCCUGGAAUCAGCCUCAGUCCUAAUUAAGAGUCAUUAAAAAAAAAAUACAUUAAAACAAACAACCAAACCCUCACAAAGACUUUCGGGAAGAUAAGUAGGUGGUGGGCGGGAGGGACCCAACAAAAAUCCUCAAUAAUACUAAUCUGUGAACAUUGGGACUUUGGGAUUUUGACCCUGGCAAAAUUGAUCACAUCAGUAUUACUCAUCUUCUGCUGUCAGUUUUGCUACCCUGUGCAUGUGUCUAACUAAACACAUUUUGAAGAUCAUAAAAUAUAUUAAACAAAAGAUCCUUGGGGCUGGUCUCCAUUAAAGAUGACAUUUCUUUGUUGCCAACAGUAUUAUUUCACUGCCAUGAAUAUCUUCCAUCAUUGAAGAGCUGCAGCGGAACUGGUUUGAAUUUAAAUGUGGAAUUUCAGAUCUGAGGCAAGAGGCAGUACUUUUCUUUCCAGAAAAAAAAAAAGGAAAAGGAAAAAAAAAAGCAGCAAUAACAAAAUGUGUCUCUCAAAUGGCUACAUCCUUUGAAGAAAGGUGGGGGUGGGAGUGUGUGUGUGUGUGUGUGUGUGUGUGUGUGUGUGUGUGUGUGUGUGUGUGUGGAGAGAUAAAAACCUGAAUUGCUAAAGCUGUAACCAUUAGUGGUGACUUGAAUUAUGGGAACAAUAUUAAUGCACAGUUUGACCCCAUAUUACCGGAACUAGUUGAGAUGCAUUGUGCCAUAGGAACAGGUUGACUUUAUAAUUUUGCAAAUAUUUGAAUCUUGAAUUAACAUUUUGCUGUUUUACAGAAUUCAGAAACAAAUGACUUACAUAAAAAGAUGGACAUAUGGUUUUAAGGCAUAAUACUGAUGCAGCAUUAAUUUUAGUGAAAUGCAAUUAUGUGCAGUAAAGUGCAAUACUGUAAAUAUUAUAGAUUUUAAAAAUAGCCGUAUGUUCUUACUCUGUCAAUAUCCAACUUUGCAAGAAAGAUCACCUAGUUCUUGAUGCUCAGGCAUAAAGGACUGGGGUAUUUGCAAUUCUUUGCCAAAAUGACAGAUUCUCUAGAAAUGGUUAAAAUGAUAUGUAUUACAUAUGGGAAAAGAUGGAUGCCAUGAUCCCUAGUCCAAUUAAUGUGCCAUAUUUCUGGGAAGAAAGCUGAAAAGCUAUUUAUGACUUUUUUUUCAAUAAGUUUUAAGUAAGAGAAUAAUGUUUUGUAGUGGUAGGCAAUUCCAGUAUUUUUUAUUUUAUUUUGUUCUUUUGGCCAAUAAUGUAGACACCAAAUAGUAACUUGUCUUAGCAGAUAGUAUGAAAUGGAGGGAAAAAAAAAUCUCUUGAAAUGAUGUAACCAAAGUGUCUGAGUUUCCAGAUCAUGCACUUGAUUUUUGUGUAAUUUUAUUUCAAUCAAUUUAUUCUGUUCUGUUUAUUGAGAGAGCAGUACUGGACUUGUCUACCUCUAACAAGAUGUCUAUUUUUUGCCUUAGUCAUCAAGGCCUGCAUUGAUGGAAGCUUAUCCUCUAAAUAGUGCUGCCUUUAGGCCUCUUUAAAAAAAUAUAAAAUAUAUAUAUAUGCCAUUUAGUAACCUGAUAAUACCAUUGGCAUUUACUGAAGUUUGAUUUCAACUAUUUUCAUAAGGUAGGACUUGAUGCAUUUAAUCUUUCCAUUUUAGUCAGUUAUAAGGUUCUUCUGUCCCUGCUGAAUUUUAAUAUUUCCCACAAAUUGAAUUUUCUGAAACUUAAAGGUUGGUUUUACACCCGUUCAUUAUGGUGAAAAGUAGAUGCUUUUUGAAAAUCUUAAAGAUUAUGAGUCUUGUCUGUCAUUUUUUACCCCUUUGUCAAAACCGUAUGCUCCUUUGGAUAUUUUUUUUUUACCAUGUUAUUUUAAUAGAACUCUAUUAAACAUGACACAGAGAAAUCAGAAAAAACAGUGUUUUAAACUCUUGUAGCUUAAAAAGGAGCAGUAUUAUUUGUACUAGUAUAGAGCUCAUAUUGUGUAACUAUUUUCUCUCUCGUUUUUUAAAGCAACCACCUCCACCCUUGCACUUUUUAUUUAAACAUGAGACAAAAGAAAAUAAUUUGCUUAAGCUGAAACUCCUUUAAAUUCAGAAAUAUAUCUUGAAACUCUUUUGUGCUGUAACUAGCUGCAGUAGUAAUACUAUUUCACAUGUUUUAAAUGUUGGAGAGAGGAUUCAAAAAUGUCUAUUUCCCCCCAAACUGAUCUAACCAUAUCCCUUCAUUCUUUCCCCAAAGAGAAAACCCAUACCCAUUGAAGCACACACGAGCACACACACACACACACACACACACACACACACACACACACACACACGAGAUUCCAGCCAAAGUAGAGUCUGAAAAUAUAAAAUGGAAUUGUCCAGUGGUUGUAGUUCUAUGAGUCAUGAAGCUUAAGGCUAGUUAGUCAAUGAUAUCCAGUUGGGUUUAUAACUCUGAUAGCUGUUUUGUAUUACUGCUAAAUUUCAAAUUAAUGUCAGAAGAAUAUUAUUAAUAAGUGAAUCAGAAUUUUUUUUUCAUUAUUGACUCAUUUAAUAUUGCCAAAGUUGACUAAAUGGAAAGGUUUACUGAGAAAAAAAUGAGUCCACAUCCUGUGAAAACAAAGUUAACUGUAGCUUCUGACUUCCCAUUUCUUUAGUCUCUUAUAGUAUCUUCUGGGUGGCAUAGUUUAUUUAAUGGAGAUAAGAGCAGCUUCACAUUUUUACGUGUUUUGAAGCAGACACCACUGAAUGAUUUAGGAGGACAGAAUGCUAGCUAAAUGUUCAUAAAAAUGAUGCACUUCACUUAGAUAUUCUUUCUUCCAGUUUGGCAUUCAUGCUUGAAAGAGUGAAAUGCCAUAUUGUUGCUUGAGUUUGGCUCUUGUUCUACUUUUGGUCCACAAUAGUUAUACUGGUACUUGGACCAGAAAGCUCACUAUGAGUGGCAUUGCAUAAUGGUGUGUGUGCAGCAAUGUUUUCUUUCUUUUUGACAUCCUUCAGUAGAAGCCAUUGAAAAAUUCAUUCAAUUAUGGUCAAGACUUAUCCUGGCUUUCAUCUUUAUUUUCUUUAUUUCUUUGUGUUAAGAAGUGUAGUGAAUGCUAAGAGGUUCUGUUAAUAUACGUGGUAUACUAAUUUCCAAGGGAGUGCCUCAUUGAGUGAUGGUGUUCAUAUUACUAAUCUUUGCAUGAAUUUUUGCUGUGAGAAUGACAAAGAACCCCAGGAUUUUCAGAACUGGGGACUUUGGGCAGAUGUCUACUGGAUUGGUUUAGUGUUUCUGGUUUGAAAGAAUCAACUUCUUUACAUAACAGGUGAUAUUAUUUUAAAAAGAGCAACAUCAAACAGAAACACCAAACAUUUCAGUGAACUUCUUAGAGAGAAAUAGAAAAAGAAAUCACAACUGCCAAUUUAGCCGAGAUUCAAAUUCUCCUGCAAUAAAUCAUAUGGGUCUUCAGAAAUAGCAAAACUGGUUGAACUGUUGAGUACUUUAUAUAUAUUUUUGAAAUCUGUAAAUUUGAGGGAAGAGGGAAAUAGAGGAUGAAAAUCAACUAGUUUAUGCAGGAUUUAUUAAUAUUUAGAUUAUAUGUUGUUGAUGUUGAAUCCCUCUCUCAUACACUUUUUCCCCCUCUUUUAUCCAUGAUCCUCACCAUAUAUGAACUCCAAAUCAAUCAACCCUUUUUAAACAAAAUUUUCUAUUUGUCAAACUUGGGGUGUCUGACUGGUGAAUAUGGUUAUUAGAUGCAUGUUUCUGCAGAGCUAUGACACAUGUAAAUGUCAGUAUUUUGGAAAAGUACAGUUUUCCAAGGGAAAGGGUAUGUGCUCUUAUAGUCCCUUAAACCCACAAUUAUUUUAGCUCUGCUCCUCCCACCCUCCAAUUAUUUCCUUAUUAUCAGUAGUCCUGGACACACAGAGGUGACAGAUUCUAUUUUUAUACAACGCUAAGAAGCAACAACAAUUUAAGUCUUCCUUCCCCAUGCUUUCAAAAAAGAGAACAAGUAAAACAACUGCAAUGAAAAGCAGCUUCGUCAAUAUAAAAGUUGGUUCAUCCAUUUAUGUUUGCUCUCAUUAAAUAGACAUGAGUAGGGGUUUAGAAUCGUGUUUGAUAGGCAGAGACUGUAAGCAUAGUCCCUGCUUAAUGCAGACAUUAGAACAAUCCUUUGUCUCUCUCACUUAGGACCCUAAUGUUUUUAAAAGGUGUAUUUUCUUGCUCAUUUUUAAAAAUCAUUACUCCAAAUAGAUGGAUAAGUGUCAUGAAUUUGUCAGAAGUUCUGACUUUGUUACCUGUAUCUUUUGUGACUCUGGGGGAACCUAAGAAGACAGGAAAUAUUUGAAAGUAUCAGGCUAGUGGUGUAGUUCAUGGUUCAAUGAUUAGCUGUUAUUAAAGGGGAGUUAUAAGGCCCAGGCUUAUGGGAAGAUAGCCUUUUUUUUUUUUCUCUGCAUCCAUCAUGUCCAUUCCUGCCUUUCAAUCAUUAUAAUAGCCUCUGAGUCCUUCCCCAAGGGUACAAAGGAGACCACAAGUCUAUCCUUCUCCUCAGCAUCUUCACUGAGGCUCAAGAAGGACUCCAAGUUUUUAAUUUGUGAGGCACAGUUCUAAAGUUUCACUUUCCUCCAAGUUGGGAGUAUCUCAGUUGACAAGUUUGAUAUUUUUAUCUGGUGCCUAAUUUAUUAAAAAUCAGUCUAAGAGUAGGCUGAUUUUUUUCAAUAUACAUUGAAACUUGAUGCAAUUUAUAAACAUUGAAUUGAAAUUUGAUAUUUAAUGAAAAAUCAGUUGAGGAAUGUAGAAAAUAUCAAAUUUCAAAGCUAUUAACACACUAUUUAUUGAAAGGUGAUACUUUCAUGAAUCCAGGCCCAUAGUAUGUAGAAAUUACAUCAGAGAUAGGCAGAUCUCUCUGUUUCUUGGUAUUGAUGUAUGUGGAUGUUUUAUUUAUUUUUUUGGUUUGAAAGUUUCUAAUUGUGUGAUAUUUUAAUUAUGUUGAGUGUAAAUUUGACAUUGCUUUGCGUUUAUUUUUAUAUUUUAAAACCUGUUGCUUUUGCAAAUUUAUGAGCAGCCAGUAUGAUUUACCACAGCAUUACAAUGUUUGGGUUAUGUAUACAUAGUCUGUCUGAGUUUACAGACAUUUCAGGGAUUGCAAAAAAUGAAAAGAAAAAACUAUCUAAAACCAACUGGUCUUAAAGUUUGUAUCCCUUUGUUAUUGUGGAAAAAAUUAGUUUGAGUUUUUUGGUCAUGCCAGCAUGCUCUUACACAAAUUCAUCAAACAUGUUCAGUUCUAGUUAAAAGAGUGUAUUUUGUUGAAUCAUAUGGUAUGAAUGUACAUCUUGUAAAAGUGACAUAUGAAUAAACUUAUAAAUAUUUGUAUCUAAGUGUUAAAAAACAACAACAACCCAACUCUUCCCUAAGGAAACUGAUUGGAAAGCAUUCAAUUAUGUGAUAGUUGAGUAGUAUAUUUUGCUACCAAAUCUAUUCAGAGCUUGACAUACAUUUAUAAACAAAACAUUUUUCAGGCUACUCUGUCAUGCAUCUCUUGCUCUGUGUAUUUUUUUUCCCCUUUGGACCUUUUGCUGCUGCUU